AUGUUAACCUCCUCCUAUACGAUCAGGAAGUGGAUGAAGAGACCUCGCUGUGGCAUCCCAGAUCAUCCUCACACCAGCCGCCGGCAGAGGAACAAACGCUACGCCCUGACGGGGCAGAAAUGGAGAGACAAGAAGAUCUCCUACAGCAUAUCGAACUUCACCCCCAAAGUGGGCGAGAAGGACACGCAGAGGGCGAUCCGACAGGCCUUCAACGUGUGGCAGACGGUCACACCGCUGUCCUUCCAGGAGGUGCCGUACUCGGAGAUCAAGAACGAGGGCAAGGAGGCCGACAUCAUGAUCUUCUUCGCCUCCGGUUUCCAUGGCGACAGCUCUCCGUUCGACGGAGAGGGGGGUUUCCUGGCCCACGCCUACUUCCCCGGCGCCGGCAUCGGGGGAGACACACACUUUGACUCGGACGAGCCCUGGACGCUCGGCAACGCCAACCACGACGGUAAUGAUUUGUUCCUGGUGGCGGUCCACGAGUUGGGCCACGCGUUGGGUUUGGAGCACUCCAACGACCCGAGCGCCAUCAUGGCUCCGUUCUACCAGUACAUGGACACGCACAACUUCAAGCUGCCGCUGGACGACCUGCAGGGCAUCCAGAAGAUCUACGUUUUGCAGGACCGGUGGUUUUGGCGUCUGAGGAACAACAAGGUCCAGGAGGGCUACCCCAUGCAGAUCGACCAGUUCUGGAAGGGCCUGCCGCCUCGCAUCGACGCCGCCUACGAGAGAUCGGACGGCAGAUUUGUCUUCUUCAAAGACUACACAUUCUUCUACAAGGGGAAGGAUUACUGGAAGUUUGACAACCAGAAGCUGACGGUGGAGCCCGGGUAUCCGAAGUCCAUCCUGCGCGACUGGAUGGGCUGCGACCAGUCCGACAUGGAGCGCUCCGGCAGCAAGGGUAACCGCGGAGACCGCCAGCUGCCCCUGGACGACGUGGACAUCAUGGUGACCAUCAACGACGUCCCGACGACGGUCAACGCCAUCGCCGUGGUGAUCCCCUGCAUCCUGUCGCUGUGCAUCCUGGUGCUGGUCUACACCAUAUUCCAGUUUAAAAACAAAGGGGUGCAGCAGAACACCAUGACUCAGCACUAUUACAAAUACCCGGUGCAGGAGUGGGUAUGACAGGCAACUUUCCUUUUUUAAAGGAGGUCGAAGGUCGUGGAUUUAAGGGGGUCAAGCAACUCCAUGCUGUUAGCUUAAGCUAGCUAAUGUUGGCUAAUGGAUCGCUAGC